CUUUUUUUUUGCACAGUCGUUAACACUUCCGUCUUGCUUCAGCAAAUAUGGCAGCGUACUUGUGCCGGGUGAAUCACAUUGCCCUCCACGUUUUAAACGGGGGGAAAACAGUUCACGACCUUGUCACUAAAUUCAAAUUUAAUUUAUUUGCAGCGAGAUUAACCGAGAAAUCAAGGCAGCUUGCUCUCAGAAAGGGAUCGGCUGUUUUCAUCGUUAAUGAAAGACUGAAUCAACCUUCUGAGGGGGAAGAGACAAACGGACAGACACGAUCGGUGCUGCCUCAAAGUGGUGCAAAAGAGAAAAUUCGGGUCUUUACUCUUGAUCACGGUAGCAUCAGAAACCAGACUAGAUCCGAAUUUCUGUACGACGUACAGCCUUCAUAUGUCGUUGACACGGCGUGCAACGUGUGUUUUGAAGUGGAGGAUGUGGAGAGCUCGAACCGCCGUCUGUCUGAGCAGGGCUGUGAUGUUUUGGUGCCGCCUACAGUAGUGGAAGACGACCAGGGGUUUGUGACCUACGCCGUGAUUAAAUCUGUCGUAGGAAAUGUUUGCCACACGCUGAUCGACAGGAGCAAAUACGAGGGACAGUUCUUACCUGGAUUCCAGGAGGUUCAAAACAGUUCUCCCGUUGAUGGACACGACAGCAAGAUUACUCAUUUCGAUCACAUCACCUACGCGUGUCCCAGGAGAAGUUCUGUGGAAAUAAUAAGAUGGUAUGAAAAGCACUUUGGCUUUCACAGUUUUUUCAUUAACAGGAAUGAGGAUGCGGAAGAGGGCUAUGUCCUGGACCAAAAUGGGAUAGGUCUUCGGCUGAGAGGAAUGCAGUACUGGAAGUGCAACAGAGCUGGGAUGAAGCCCUCUUCCACUGAUAUGAAAGAGCCAGACUGCAAAUUUGUUCUUGCAGAGUCCUUGCCUCAGGAAGGGAGGAACCAGGUGGACAGCUUUCUGGAGCAGCACAGUGGACCUGGGAUCGCUCACGUUGGGCUGUAUACUCAGGACAUAGUCUCCACCGCCCACACCCUGGCGAAGGCUGGAGUGCACUUCUUCUCUCCCCCACCAGCCUAUUACAGCGAGGUGGAGAAACAGCAGGAAAUUGUGGAGGCAGGUUAUGACCCCCAGCUGCUGUCCCAGUAUGGAAUCCUGCUGGACACAGAGCUAUGUGAAGACCCGUCUGACCCAAACUCCCUUUGUCAGGAUACAGCCAAUAAAAACAAAAGAUACCUCCUACAAGUUUUCACGAAGCCCAUUUUUGCUAAGGACACCUUUUACCUGGAGCUGAUCGAGAGGAAGGGGGCGUCAGGUUUUGGAGAAGGGAAUAUCCGAGCACUGUGGAGAUCUAUGCAGACCUACAUGGAUAGUGAGGGGCGUGGAGAGCAGAAGAAUCCUGGACCUACGACUGUACAGAACUAGGAGUUCACCUAUUCAGUUAAUAAAGGAUUACUUAUGUAAUGUUUGUAGGCCAGCAAGUUUAAGUACUUGCUUAAUAUACAUAACAUAAUGUAUAUUAUGUUAUGUAAAACGCUUUUAAAAGACACCUUUUGAUAUUUCUCAUUGAUGCAAAACUAAAAGAUAUAAAUGAUUAUAAAAAAUAUAUAUUAUAGUUUAUUUUAAUUUGCAACCUCAGGUUGGUCUGUCUUUUCUUGCAUGUUAGGGUCAUUUUAUUAUGUACACAAAAGUGUUGGGGAGCUUUGGAUAUCAAAUGGAUUGGGGACAAAGGGUUGUACACGCAAAAGUACCAAAACAAUUUGUAUGAACUUUCUUCCAGGUUAAUAUCAAUUAUUUUGAUUUGUAAAUUAAUAAAGUUUGCAGGUGAUGCCACAAUAUAAUCCCCCCCCCCCGCAAAAUGAAAAA